AUGCAACCACAGAAGAUUCUCUCUCUUAUGGCGCUCUUCGCCAUUGGUGCACAAGCUCUACCUCCGCUUCCAAAAGCAAACUCUAUGACUGUCCGUACUGAUGCGGACGAAGCCUGGGAAGGGGGGACUGAGAAACGCACUGAUGCGGACGAAGCCUGGAAAGGGGGGACUGAGAAACGCACCGAUGCAGACGAGGCCUGGGACGGGAAGCUCCAGCCUCCCCAAUAA